AUGGACACAAGCAACUACAGUGCUCUGCAUGUGUUUAUUCUGUUUGGCUUCUCUGAGCACCCACAGCUGGAGAUGAUGCUCUCUGGAGUUGUCACCUUCUUUUAUAUUAUUACCUUGGUGGGUAACACAGCUAUCAUUCUCGCCUCCCUCCUGGAUCCCCAUCUCCACACACCAAUGUACUUCUUCCUCAGGAACUUAUCCUUCCUGGAUUUGUGUUACACCACAAGCAUUGUCCCUCAGAUGCUGGUUAACCUGUGGGGACCUGAGAAGACCAUCAGCUCCGUGGGUUGUAUUGUGCAGCUUUACGUGUAUAUGUGGCUGGGCUCCAUUGAGUGUCUUCUCCUGGCUGUCAUGUCCUAUGAUCGUUUCACGGCUAUUUGUAAGCCAUUGCACUAUUUUGUAAUCAUGAAUCCACGUCUGUGUAUCAAAAUGAUUGCCAUGGUCUGGGGUGUUAGUCUGGCCAACUCUGUAGUGUUAUGCACACUCACUGUCAAUUUACCUCGGUGUGGACACAACCUUCUGGAUAAUUUCUUGUGUGAAUUACCAGCCAUGAUCGAGAUCGCUUGUGUAGACACCACAACAGUUGAAAUGUCUGUUUUUGCUCUAGGAAAUGUCAUUAUCCUUCUGCCCCUCAUCCUUAUUCUUAUUUCCUAUGGCUACAAAGCCAAAACUGUGUUCAACAUGAAGUCAAAGGCAGGGCAACGAAAAGCUAUAAACACCUGUGGAUCUCAUCUCACUGUCGUCUCCAUAUUCUAUGGAACUGUUAUCUACCUGUAUCUACAACCUGGCAACAGGGCCUCCAAGGACCAGGGAAAAUUCCUCACCCUCUUUUACACCAUCAUCACUCCAAGUCUCAACCCCCUCAUUUACACCCUAAGGAACAGAGACAUGAAAGAUGCACUGAAGAAACUUGUGAAGUUUUACUACAGAUUUGCGGAAAUAAGGAGAAACUAG